UUCGACGAAACAUAUUUUACGAGUAGAGAUAUGGAACUGACAUUUACCUUUAGCGUUCUACUGGUACUUACUGGUAUAGCGUAUACACAUGGGCGCUGUCAAGUGAACGGUAUAUCAUACGCAGUGGGUGAUACCUUUGAGCAUCCUGAAGAUCACUGCAAAGUUUGCGAGUGUUGUAAAAAUGGAACGUUUACCUGCCUAAUUAAAGAAUGUCCGACGCUAAAUUGUGGCAUAUCGAAGCAACAGAAUACUUCGGAUGGUUGUUGUCUGGAGUGCAUGCCUGAAUGCAACAGUGCCAACUGCAGUACGUCAUCGCUGGAUUGUUCCGAGGAUAGAUAUGCGUAUCACAAAAACGCUUGUUGUCCAUCAUGCGGAUGCAAUCUGCGCGACACGUACUGGCCAAUGGAUACAGUGCCUCUAGGUCAUUUUGGAUCAUGUAACAGAUGCACAUGCCACCAGAACGGCACUUCUACAUGUAGGUCCGCCGAUUGUCCCGGAAGGUUACUCGAAUGUGUUAAUCCUACGGCUACGAAGAAUGGCAGUAACUGCACGUUUGAAUGUCCUGAUGAAUAUACAUGCAGAAGAAGCAAUGUCUUACUGAAGAAAAACGAGUGGACGAAAAUUGCAUUUCUAUACUGUACUUGCUUUCCAGAUCAUUGGUAUCCAAGAGGCGCUUGUUUUGAUCCAAGGUGGACAGGCAAAAUAAUCGAUAAUGCAAGAGAUAACAAAUGUAUGGCUGAUUGGUCAUAUGAAAACAUAACAUUAGUACCAACAAGAAGGAUUGAUUAUCGGAGUUUCUUUUUAUUAUAAGCAAUAACUUUCACCAACUGUAGCAUUCCCGCAGAUUAUAAUGACGACAUGUGAAAGAAAGACAGAAAACUUGAAUAUAUGAAAUAAAACUGUAAACAUCUCUCUUUGUCUUCGUCGGUUUAAUAGCAUAUUCAACAUCUGCAAAUAAUAUUUGAACCGGAAGGUGUAUUGACUCACAAAAGAGACAAAACGUCACAGAAUAACCAAUAUAACUAAUAUUCCUUGUUCAUUGGUAUCACGUUUAGCUCUGGUGCCGUGGACUCGUAACGACAAUUGGCAAAUUUCGAAUUCUCUGCAUGCAAUUUCGGCAUUCUCCGUUUUUU